AUGUUUGCUGUAAGAAAUGUGUCUCCUGAAAUCAUACAGUAUGGUGUGAAUGUGUCUCCAGAAACCAUACAGUAUGGUGUGAAUGUGUCUCCAGAAACCAUAGCGUAUGGUGUGAAUGUGUCUCCUGAACCCAUACAGUAUGGUGUGAAUGUGUCUCCUGAAACCAUACAGUAUGGUGUGAAUGUGUCUCCUGAAACCAUACAGUAUGGUGUGAAUGUGUCUCCUGAAACCAUACAGUAUGGAGUGAAUGUGUCUCCUGAACCCAUACAGUAUGGUGUGAAUGUGUCUCCUGAACCCAUACAGUAUGGUGUGAAUGUGUCUCCAGAAACCAUACAGUAUGGUGUGAAUGUGUCUCCAGAAACCAUACAGUAUGGUGUGAAUGUGUCUCCAGAAACCAUACAGUAUGGUGUGAAUGUGUCUCCAGAAACCAUACAGUAUGGUGUGAAUGUGUCUCCAGAAACCAUACAGUAUGGUGUGAAUGUGUCUCCAGAAACCAUACAGUAUGGUGUGAAUGUGUCUCCAGAAACCAUACAGUAUGGUGUGAAUGUGUCUCCAGAAACCAUACAGUAUGGUGUAAAUGUGUCUCCUGAAACCAUACAGUAUGGUGUGAAUGUGUCUCCAGAAACCAUACAGUAUGGUGUGAAUGUGUCUCCAGAAACCAUACAGUAUGGUGUGAAUGUGUCUCCAGAAACCAUACAGUAUGGUUAUGGUGUGAAUGUGUCUCCUGAAACCAUACAGUAUGGAGUGAAUGUGUCUCCUGAACCCAUACAGUAUGGUGUGAAUGUGUCUCCUGAACCCAUACAGUAUGGUGUGAAUGUGUCUUCAGAAACCAUACAGUAUGGUGUGAAUGUGUCUCCAGAAACCAUACAGUAUGGUGUCAAUGUGUCUCCAGAAACCAUACAGUAUGGUGUGAAUGUGUCUCCUGAACCCAUACAGUAUGGUGUGAAUGUGUCUCCUGAAACCAUACAGUAUGGUGUGAAUGUGUCUCCUGAAACCAUACAGUAUGGUGUGAAUGUGUCUCCAGAAACCAUACAGUAUGGUGUGAAUGUGUCUCCAGAAACCAUACAGUAUGGUGUGAAUGUGUCUCCAGAAACCAUACAGUAUGGUGUGAAUGUGUCUCCCGAAACCAUACAGUAUGGUGUGAAUGUGUCUCCAGAAACCAUACAGUAUGGUGUGAAUGUGUCUCCUGAACCCAUACAGUAUGGUGUGAAUGUGUCUCCUGAACCCAUACAGUAUGGUGUAAAUGUGUCUCCUGAAACCAUACAGUAUGGUGUAAAUGUGUCUCCUGAAACCAUACAGUAUGGUGUAAAUGUGUCUCCUGAAACCAUACAGUAUGGUGUGAAUGUGUCUCCUGAAACCAUACAGUAUGGUGUAAAUGUGUCUCCUGAAACCAUACAGUAUGGUGUGAAUGUGUCUCCUGAACCCAUACAGUAUGGUGUGAAUGUGUCUUCAGAAACCAUACAGUAUGGUGUGAAUGUGUCUCCAGAAACCAUACAGUAUGGUGUGAAUGUGUCUCCAGAAACCAUACAGUAUGGUGUGAAUGUGUCUCCUGAAACCAUACAGUAUGGUGUAAAUGUGUCUCCUGAAACCAUACAGUAUGGUGUAAAUGUGUCUCCUGAAACCAUACAGUAUGGUGUAAAUGUGUCUCCUGAAACCAUACAGUAUGGUGUGAAUGUGUCUCCAGAAACCAUACAGUAUGGUGUAAAUGUGUCUCCUGAAACCAUACAGUAUGGUGUAAAUGUGUCUCCUGAAACCAUAGCGUGUGCCAUAACACACAGGAGGAUGCGAUACACAAGUCGACUAUUUGCUUUCAUCAUGGUGGAGCGGCUGUUGCCUUCAAGACGCCCAGAAUGCAAAUUCAAGGAGGAGAAGGUUAAUUGGGUCGUUAGGAGGCGGGUCAGGGGCUGUGGUGAUUGGUACCCGCUCUUGUCUGGUCCCAACUGGCAGCACGUGCCUUCUGGGGGUGGCAGACACGGGGUGCUGGAGUAA